AGAAGAACAAAAUUCAAAAGAUCAAAACAACAAUAGAAAAUUCCUAAAAUGGCAGAUGUUAAGUUGCUUGGUCUAUGGUAUAGCCCUUAUAGUCACAGAGUUGAAUGGGCUCUCAAGAUUAAGGGCGUCGAAUAUGAAUUUAUAGAAGAAGAUCUACGAAACAAGAGCCCUCUGCUUCUUGAAUCGAACCCUAUUUACAAGAAAAUCCCUGUUCUAAUUCACAACGGCAAACCAAUUUGUGAGUCAAUGGUAAUUGUUGAAUACAUUGAUGAGACAUUUGAAGGUCCUUCCAUCUUACCUAAAGACCCUUAUGAUCGUGCUAUAGCUCGUUUUUGGGCUAAGUUUUUUGACGAAAAGGGGUCAUCAGUGGGGAGAAGUUUCUUUCUCAAAGGAGAGGAGCAAGAGAAAGCUAAAGAGGAACUUCAUGAGAUGUUGAAAGUUGUUGAUAAUGAGCUAAAGGACAAGAAGUACUUUGUUGUUGACAAAUUUGGAUUUGUUGAUAUUGUUGCAAAUGUUGUAGCCCUUUGGCUAGGAGUUCUCGAAGAAGCAUCUGGAGUUGUUUUGGUGACAAAUGAAAAAUACCCAAAUUUUUAUGCUUGGAGAGAUGAAUACAUCAAUUGCAGCGAAAACAAGAAAUAUUUACCUUCAAGAAAUGAGUUGCUUGCCAAAUUCAAAGCUCGCAUUCUAGCUGCAUCAGUUGCCGAAUAAAUUCAGGAGUUCAAUUUAAUUACUAUAUUGGUUCGAGCUGUGUAUACAAUAACAAUAACAUAUCAGUGUUAUUUCAUGUUCGAACUAUGUAUACAUUAGGAAAAUAAAUAAAAUAUUAAGAUAUAUGUAGUUAUGAACUGAGCUUGAGUUUGCGUUUGAAUAAAAUUAUGAAGCUUAAUGGCUGUUACCCAUUUG